CCUCUCCAUUUGGUUCUCUCCCUCACCUCAGUGCCCUAAUCUCUCUCGCUGUCUCUUUUCAUUUCACAAUGACGAAGCAGCAAGCUAACUGGUCUCCUUACGACAACAAUGGAGGAUCUUGUGUUGCAAUUGCAGGUGCCGAUUACUGCGUCAUCGCAGCCGAUACUCGGAUGUCGACCGGCUACAAUAUCCUCACUCGCGAUUACUCUAAAAUCUGCAAAUUAGCAGACAAAUGUGUAAUGGCCUCAUCUGGAUUUCAAGCUGAUGUAAGAGCUUUACAGAAGCACUUGGCAGCUAGGCACUUGAUCUAUCAGCAUCAGCACAACAAGCAGAUGAGUUGCCCUGCAAUGGCUCAACUGCUCUCCAACACCCUCUACUAUAAACGUUUCUUCCCUUAUUAUUCUUUUAACGUUUUAGGUGGCCUUGAUAAUGAAGGAAAGGGUUGUGUCUUCACAUACGAUGCUGUGGGAUCCUAUGAGAAGGUUGGAUAUAGCUCCCAAGGUUCAGGUUCAACACUCAUCAUGCCUUUCUUGGACAACCAACUGAAAUCUCCCAGCCCUCUUUUAUUGCCUGCUCUGGAUGCUGUUACUCCUCUCUCUGAGCCAGAAGCAGUUGAUUUAGUGAAAACUGUUUUUGCAUCUGCAACUGAGAGGGAUAUAUACACUGGAGACAAGCUGGAAAUUGUCAUCUUAAAUGCUAGCGGAAUUCGUCGUGAGUACAUGGAUCUUAGGAAAGAUUGAUGGUUCAAGUGGGAUUGGAAUACGGAAUGUUCUCAGAUGAUAGCUGUUGGGACGAGUCUCUUGAUAUUUGCAUGACUAAUGAAUUGUCAGUCCUUUAGCUGCUUGCAUUCCAAUUUGAACACAAGUUUCUCUACUUAAUAGAAAUGUUGCAACUGUGACACCUCUGUUGGAAUUUCAGUGCUUAGCAUGAUAUUUUUCGUCUGCA